AAAAGAAGGCCUUACAUCAUAGAAGUAUGAAGUAAAAGUUCUAGUCAUGAUAUUUGACUUUAAAGUAACAUGGGCCCAUCAAUUAAUGCUCCAAAGGUGGUCCAGUGGCUUCAGGAAAUAUAUGGUGAAGAAAGAAUUCCUUUAUAUGAGAAAACAGAACGUAGUAUCACCAUCUUGUAUAAGCUAAUGAAGGAAUGUAAAAGAGCAGAAGGCCAAGCAAGAAUAUUGACUGAAGACUACACCAGGAAAGCAGCAGAAUAUAAUGCGGAAGCUCAGCAGCUUCAGAAAUGGCGGGAAACUGCAGAGUUACAUCCAAGUCAAUUGACACCAGAAAACCAGAAGUCUUUACAGGCCCUUGCACAAACUGCAAAUAUUCUAGAUGUUCAGACUCCCUCCAGUACCAAUAUUAUCUUGGCAAUGAAUCAAUUAGAAAUGGAACGUAUGCAGAUAGCGAGUGAAUUAGAACAAGAGAAAAGUCGAACAGCUUAUCUUUUAGAGGCAAAUAAGGACUUAUCCAAGAAACUGCAGGAUAUUAAAAUUAUAAUGAAACAAGCUGAGGCUACAUGGAAACUUAGACAAGAAGAACUUGCCAAGGAUGCCAAGUGGAAACAAUUCACUGAGAAGAAGUCCAAGAAUUAUGAAGCAGACAUCAAUAAAUUUGAGGCAAAGUUAAGCCAACUAGGACUAACAAAGGAAAUUACCCACGGCAACAUAUCAGCUGAAUGGGUACAUCUUCAGACCCUUGAGGAAGAGAUAAAAACCCUGGAAAAGCAGCUUAGAAGCUAUACCCUUCCACCUGACAUGAGCUUGGCAGAACUUAAAGUUCAAGAAGCAAGACAAGAAUUGGCAACCCUCAUAGAGAAAUUUUCUGAGAACUUCAAUACAGAUGUUUUACAAGGCUAAUUAAGGCCAACAUGGGAAGACUAAGAGGAAAUUGGCCUAGAUUAAAAAGCAUUUGUUUUGACAUAACUAGUGUUUGAUGAGGUAGACUUUCUGUGAGUACAGUCACAUGAAAACAGAAAAAAUUAUUCUUUCAUCACAGUUUUAUUCAUUAAGCAAAAUUAUACAGUUUAGUAUGUUGGUGGAUCUGUCACUUCAACAUAAUAGAUGAAAGAGGCCAAGUAAAAAUGAGCAAACCAUUGUUUCUCUGAGUGCUCCUUGCUCUCCUAUGGCCUUUUCCAUUUCAUCGUAAAUAUAGUACAUAGUAAUUGGAGAGGGCAGUUGAGGAGUACUAGAAUCCAUACUUCCAUGUAUGUAUGUGUUUCUUUUUCAUUAUUUCUACCUGCAAGAUUAGUAAUUCACCCUACUUUUUUAUGUCCAAAUAUGGUUCUCUCUUAAUAGUGAACUGCAUCCUGAAAUUGUUAAUUACUUCAAAUAGUGCAUGCUAGUAUGUCAUUCUGUAGCACUUCAGAUGCAGUAAGCUGUGUUUAAAGAUUUAUGUUGUUUGUAUUUUUAGUGCUAACAUUAUUACUUCAUUCACAUUUACUCUUGUUUGCUCUUUUUUCACUUUCAUAGCUAUUUCUAGAGAUUUGGGUAUAUGAUGGUUUUUCAUAAAUGUAUAUAGAAAUAAGGAUUUUCCAGUAAUUUUGUAAAACAUUUGUAUUGAUGUAAAAAUUAUCAGUUAAUUAUUUUGUGAAAAAUAAGAUAAGACAUUUGAUGGUUUCUUUUCUAUAAUAAAUGUGUACAUAAUGAAUGGUAUUUAGAUACUUUUCUUUGAUACUUAAUAUUUACAGGAGCCCCUCGUAUAAUGAAAUUUAUGUAAACACACACACACAGGGGGGGUGGGGGGGGGGGAGAGAGAGAGUGUAUGUCAGAGUACCAGUUUCAGGUUCUGGGUAAAUGAUAGUGCAUUGUAAGGUGCUACGUAUUAAUAGUACGCAUAAUUACAGAGCUCCCCCACUUCUACGUGUGGUAAUAGGUUCCAGAACCUGCCACAGAAAUGCAGAACUCCCCUCUAAAAAUGCUUCUUACUAUCUUAUAACUGCCAAAUACCCAGUAUUCCAUAAACUAAAAUGCUUUUAACUAUAUUUUAACAUUUCACUGCUUAAUUUGAUAGUUCAAAUAAAAUAUACCUUAAAUUAUCCUAAAGCAAUUUAAUAUUUCAAACAAAGUACACCCCAAACCAUCAUCCCAAAACAUCCUAAUACAUCUUAGAUUAGCACCCUUUUACAACUGUUACUCUUAAGUAUACAUGCCCCUAAAAUACUUACAACAGUGCGUUGGAUAGUCUAUUAAGUACUUUAUAUGGAAUUGCGAGUUGGCCCCAGGGUACCCUAUCUUGUAGGUCAUAUGCCAGUCUUUGUUACUGAGUGGGUUUCGUUAUUUACCAGAAGGGGUAGACCCCUGAGCUGUCCAUUAAGUUGAAGUGACACUAUAUUGCACUUUGCAAAUCCUGGAAUUUUUCUUCAAAUGUUUCUUGAGUUCUCAGUUCCCAAUAAGGCUGAUUUCCAUUUGGAUCCCUCUGGGUUUAUAGUUUGUUGACUCUCUCCUUAAGGUUUUCCAGCUGAGGUUUUAAAGAAACGAAAGAAAGAAAAUUUGCCACACAAGUCAAGGGCUGACUGUAUUUUAAUUGACCAUGCUUUAGUCAGCUAGUUAUCAUAGGUUGGUUUUUUAUUUCUUUGUUGAUUAGGUAUAAUAUUUUUGAAGUUGAUUAACCCUUAAUGGACCGAUACUCUCAUAUGAGUAGCAAUAACAGGUUUGGGCGGUGGAUGGAUUCACUCAUGGUGAGCAUCAAUGUUACGCACCAUUAGUUUGGUGGAAUCAUGCGGGAAAAAGGUUCAUAUACUUCUGUUGCCCAUAUAUUCACUAAUGGCAACUUUUAGACUGGCUCAAAACAACAAUUAGGCAGCUCAUGAGUUAGUUGUGAUCUUGACUUCAAAGGAGCAAGUACUGCCUCUCUCUCUCAUAUAAUGACGUUUUUUUAUAAACUUGCGUAUAAAUAUACCCAGGGGUUGCUGUUGGUUUUAUCUUUUAUGAUAGUAUAACUGUUAUAAUUGUAGUUUUCCAAAGAAAUAUUAGAAAAGACAUGUAUUAUCCCAAAAGUCACUGGCAACCUAUUCCUGGAUUUUUCCGUGGAAUCUAUCUAAAUAUUAUUCGCAGGAGGACUCUCUCAUUCGUGGGUUUUUCCAAUGAGCAAUAUUCACUAAUUAGUGCAUUUUGAGGUUAUUUUCAUGACUAAAUACAUUUUUAUGAUGCAAAAUAAUAAAAUUAUAUUAAAUAAUAAAAAUAAUUAUUUUCAAAUGUUAAUAUAAUAUAAACAGCAAUAGUAAUAUCAAUUCAUUAAAGAAAUUACCAUAGUGUAUUAGUAAGUUUUAGAUUUAAAUUAAUAAAUUACUAUGUAAAAUUUUAGAGGAGUACAUAUCAUCCCUCAUCUUUUUGCCACAGACUUGGAAAGAGGGUGGAGGGUGAGCCUGUCACGAAUGUCAAGAAAGCUGACAGAAAGAGUGGGGGAGCUUUGCCAUGUCUGUGAGUCUCUAGUAAGUGCUUCCAAUUUGGUGUCAAUGGAGAUACUGAAAAAUAUUUCUCUCUCUCUCUCUCUCUCUCUCUCUCUCUCUCUCUCUCUCUCUCUCUCUCUCUCUCUCUCUCUCUCU